CAAAGCCCUCUCUCUCUCUCUAUCUUUAUCUAUCUGGUUUCCGUACAGACCUUUCCUCUCUCUCUCUCACAACAAUUUUCAAUAAUUUCAGCUUCUCAUAGUAGAGCUCCCUUCAGUCUCAUAAGAAUAAUAUAUACUUAGUUGUUCAACUGUGUAUGUCUGUGUAAAUAUUUAUAUAUAUUCAAAUAAAUUAUAUAAUCUCUUUGGUUUCUUUCUCUCUAUCUCUCUCCCUGUCAAUAUAUAUAUCUGACCCAAAUCUUUGAUUUUUCAAUUUGUGAGAGUCCAAUUGGCGGGAACCAACGGUCAAUUCUGAGCUUUCUGGGAAUUGGGUUUUGCUUGUAAUUGCAAAAUUUGAAGGUUGGUUUUGUUUUUGGAAAAUUUUGAUUCGGAAAUUGGAUGGCAAACCCGACUGGGAAUCAUCAAGAAGCGUCGUCUUCUUCGUUCAACGGACACGUGGCAGCAGCUGCCGGAGCCGGAGGAGGAGGGAACCAGAGCAACGGGAACUCUACAGGGGCGGCGGCGCCGGAGAGUUCAGCCUCGGCUAUGAAGCACAACCCGGGUAUUUCAUUGGAUUGGACCUCAGAGGAGCAGGCCAUUCUUGAUGAUGGGCUAGCUAAAUUUCCCUCAGAAUCAAACAUUAUUCGGUAUGCAAAGAUAGCUAUGCUGCUGCAAAAUAAGACAGUUCGAGAUGUGGCUUUGCGUUGCAGAUGGAUGACUAAAAAGGAAAAUAGCAAGAGAAGGAAGGAAGACCAUAAUUUAACAAGGAAAAACAAAGAUAAAAAGGAAAGAGUCAAUGAUCCUUCAGCUAAACCAUCUCACUUUGCAGCACGGCCAAGUGUUCCACCAUAUGCUCCACCAAUGAUUCCAGUGGAUAAUGAUGAUGGCAUCUCAUUCAAAGCUAUUGGUGGUCCUACAGGAGAGCUUCUUGAGCAAAACGCGCAGGCCUUAAAUCAAAUUUCUGCAAACCUACAAGCUUUACAGAUACCGGAGAACAUCAAUCUUCUCUGUCAAACUCGUGAUCUUCUCUGUCAAACUCGUGAUAACAUCCACAAAAUCAUGAAUGACUUGAAUGACACUCCAGAAGUAAUGAAGCAGAUGCCACCACUUCCAGUGAAGUUGAACGAAGAGCUAGCUAAUUCAAUCCUUCCACCCCCAAACCUCUCAAUGCAAUCAUGAUGGACCUCUAUUGUUGUCUAGGCCGUGGAUCUGUCCCGAAGAAUGAUCCAGCUUCUCAGUCCAACACUGGUCCUGCUCAACUGGGAUUUCUCAAAGAAACCCUGACCUUGAAAUGAAGAAAAUAACUCUGCCAAGUUGACCCACCAGGUCCUGAUUCCAAAAAAUUGUCUGACCCAAUUGUUUCAGUGUGCAGAAGUCAGUUUCUUUUUUUCUUUGUUAGCUGUUCAUGUUUGGUUCUAAAAUUAGCCAUAGAUUGUGACUUAGAUGUUGAUUAGAAAUUAGGGAAUAAGGGUUCUUUUUUGUCAUAAAAAUCAGUACUCAUUUUGAUUAAAUGUUACUCUGUUCAUGUU